UUUGUCAUUGCGCCUGACUCACGGCUCAUUUUGCACCCCAGCUGGAGAUGCUGACGCUGUGCAAGAGGAAGGAAAUCAGAAGACAAGGCCCGGCCGGACCACAGGAGAGACACAGCGGGGCGAAUAGGAACGUGAGGCGCAGAGGUCGCGCCAGCGUCCCUGGCAGUUAGGAAGACAGGUCGUCGAUGGGGCCUUGGCCGCCGUGCGGACGGCGCGGGCGCUCCAACCCGUACUUGGGUGCAGGUCGGGAUGCCGUCGGUCUUCUGUGCCGGCAGGUGCGGCCCCUUCCUCUGGGCCCUGGCCACCGAUUAGAGCCGGGUUACGAGGAGCCCCACCAGUGUCCUCUCUCCAGCGUCACCAUGCCGGCGAUAUUGGGUUUUGAAGGCAGCGCCAACAAGAUUGGCGUGGGAGUGGUGCGGGAUGGCAAAGUGCUGGCGAACCCGCGGCGAACUUACGUCACGCCCCCGGGCACGGGAUUCCUUCCAGGUGAUACUGCCAGGCACCACCGAGCUGUUAUCCUAGACCUGCUGCAGGAGGCACUAACAGAAGCUGGAUUAACCCCCCAGGAUAUUGAUUGCAUUGCUUUCACCAAAGGUCCUGGCAUGGGUGCUCCUUUGGUUUCUGUAGCUGUUGUCGCCCGUACUGUGGCCCAGCUGUGGAACAAGCCAUUGCUAGGUGUGAACCACUGUAUAGGACACAUUGAAAUGGGCCGCCUCAUCACUGGAGCCACUAGCCCAACUGUAUUGUAUGUCAGUGGAGGAAAUACUCAGGUGAUUGCCUACUCAGAACAUCGUUACCGCAUCUUUGGGGAAACCAUUGAUAUUGCUGUGGGUAAUUGUCUGGAUCGUUUUGCUCGAGUGCUGAAGAUUUCCAAUGACCCAAGUCCGGGCUACAACAUUGAACAGAUGGCAAAGCGAGGCAAGAAACUAGUGGAGCUGCCAUACACUGUAAAGGGAAUGGAUGUCUCGUUCUCAGGCAUUUUGUCUUUCAUUGAGGAUGUAGCCCAGCGGAUGCUGGCCACAGGCGAGUGUACUCCUGAGGAUCUGUGUUUUUCCCUACAGGAAACUGUGUUUGCAAUGCUGGUAGAGAUCACAGAGCGAGCCAUGGCACAUUGUGGCUCCCAGGAGGCCCUCAUUGUGGGAGGAGUUGGAUGUAAUGUGAGGCUGCAGGAGAUGAUGGAGACCAUGUGCCAGGAACGCGGAGCCCAACUUUUUGCCACAGAUGAGAGAUUCUGCAUUGACAAUGGAGCCAUGAUAGCCCAAGCUGGCUGGGAGAUGUUUCAGGCUGGACACAGGACCCCCCUCAGUGAUUCUGGGAUUACACAGAGGUAUCGGACAGAUGAAGUAGAAGUGACAUGGAGGGACUAACAACAUGAACAGAAUCAGAAUAGAUAGUUCCCUAAGUGGAGUUCAAAGGACUUUGGGCCUUAAUCUCUGCCCUGAUGUGGGAAUCUUUGCAGUGCUAUGGACUGGCAAGGCUGUGGACCCUACAUAAAGCUUAGAAAAACAAACACGGGGGAAACUCAAGAUGACUCAGCAAUAAAACAGUUUUGGUUUUGUAUGUUGGUAAUUGGGUUUUGUUGUUUUAGGACCAAUAUAGAGUUAGCACUGGGUAAAUUCUUACUGAUGGGAUCAGUGGAUAAGGAGGCCCAGGCUGGCCUUGAACUUACCUCUGGCUGCCAGAUAGCUGGGAUUACAGGUGUGUACCAUCAUACUUGGCUCCUCUCCCUCCUUUUCUGUAGAGUCAGUAUUUACUGUUCUCUCCUGUCUUCCUAUUUUUUCUUUUUCUUUUUUUACAAAUAACUGCCCUAUUGACCCCAUUUUUCCCAACUGCUUCCAUUUUUCUGCUCUGCUUUAUAGCAAAACUUGAUAGAAAUGUCUCCAAUUCCUUUUUUCUAGUUCUCUGUUAAAUCUACUUCACCAAAACUGUUCUUAUCAUAGUCACAAACAUCUUGGUCAUAUCUAAAUCUAGUGGUGCAUUCUGCUUCAUCUUACAGAGUCGUCAGUAGUAUUUGACUGCCCUGAAUUAUUUUUCUCACCUGGCUUUGGAAUAUAUUCUCUGCUCUGCCUCCUAACUGUGUGGUCUUUGUUUCCAUUACUGGAUUCUCCUCAUCUUCAUAAUCUUGACUUUCCAGAGGUUAGUCCUCAGACUGCUCUCUGUUCACAUGGCCAUCUGCCAUGGUUUCAUCCAGUCUUGUGCAUGGAAACCAUUUUAAUGUGGGUGAC